AGACAAAUCUGGGCAUCUUGGCCUCACUCGGCGCGCCCAUCGAGCCCGCUACAAAACUCUGCAAUUCGGCGGGGGUUGAGAACCAAAAGUGUUGGGAGUCAUGGCAUUUCCAACUGGGCUCGGGCUCGACGGCGCAGCCCACAAUCCAUUUGCACACGCUGCUUUCUCCGGUUUCACGAGUCCAGACCCGCGGAGUGCGAAUAGAGCUGAAGGGCCGCACAUUGACAUCUUCGAAUGGUAUCCAAGUUACCAAAGCUGCCAGCGUUAUUUUCUCGACCAUGCUCAACACAGUGGGCCAGUCCAGGCGGUUGCCGCCUUCCUAAAUAUCAGCCUACCAUUCCAGCGAGAGGUCCCUGUCACCAAUUAUUCGUCAACUACAUCUUCCCAUGCCGGCGUUUCUUUUAGUUGGACUCCGCAAAAUCGGGCCGGAUCCGCGUUUCCAGGAGCGCGGGCCCAACCGGCGCAUUGGGUCUCCUUAAUUCCCUACAUUCGACGCUUGGUCGCCACCGGAUUCGACUACCCUGGUGUUCUCCAUGGCUUCUUUGGCGACGACUGGGCCAAGGGAGUGGGACCGAUGCAUGAGCAAGAACGCCGCAACUAUCUCUUUGCAGCUAAAAGCGGUGGGUGGGCGUCGGUGAAGAGGGACUACGACAUCAGCCCUCACGAGAGCGUGCCUUUCCUUCGUCCACUGCAGGGAGCGCUGGACCCCGAAAUCGAAGCGGCCGAGAAGACUUGGAGCGAAUGGCUCGCCAUGGAGGAUUGGAUGGUCGGAUCGAGAGCGCCCGAAGUGAUAGCCGAGGCGAGCUCCAAUCCAAACUAGGGUAUCACCGGCGAAUGGCGCAGGCGUCAUCCGACGACAACACAAAACAGUCAGCAAUAAUACGUUAAGAAAGCAGAGGCGUUUACUAUGGGCGCAGGGUUCUCAUCAUUCUGCUGGGGGCAUCCAUUGCAAGGACGGAGUUCGGCGCAUGGGGCGUAUCACUUGAUGUGCCUGACUGAAACCCAGACCGCACCGAAACACCUCUGCCUCUCCUUUAAUUAAUUUUCCUUUUACCCUCC